CCGCACGCGAUGCGCGCCCUCUAGCGUAUUAUGUUCCUCCCCGACCUCCCGCGAGCCUGCAUGGUGGACGACGUAGCGACGUACCUGCAAGCGCCCUCCUCGGGACAGGUGGCUACAAUAUAUUAACAACGCCCAUAUGACGAGUUCCAUCCGUUCAUAGAGGCCCUGAUGCCUUUUGUAAAGUCCUUUUCGUACACGUGGUUCAAUUUACAAGCGGCCAAAAGGAAAUAUUACAAAAAACACGAAAAACGGAUGAGUCUUGAGGAGGAGCGACACACAAAGUAUGAACUACAGAAUGAAAAAGCAGAAGUAAAACAGAAAUGGGCUUCGCGUCUACUCGGGAAGCUGAGGAAAGAUAUAACGCAAGACUGUCGAGAGGAUUUCGUCCUCAGUAUCACGGGCAAGCGGCCGGCCGUGUGCGUGCUCUCCAACCCCGACCAGAAGGGCAAGAUGAGACGGAUAGACUGCUUGAGGCAAGCUGAUAAGGUGUGGCGCUUAGACCUGGUAAUGGUGAUAUUGUUCAAAGCGAUACCGCUAGAGAGUACAGACGGGGAACGCUUAGAGAAGCACCCAGAAUGUACGCAGCCGGGGCUCUGCGUCAACCCUUACCACAUCAACGUGUCUGUGCGCGAACUAGACUUGUACCUCGCGAACUUCAUCAACAGCUAUGGUAAUGGGAGCGACGGUCUACCAGAUAUACUAAGCGGAUCUCUCUCUCCACAUCCCACUAGGGACAAAGAGAAUGAACACGAGGCUAAGAACAAAGGCUAUACCCAUAAUCCAUACAACGGUGUUAUUUGCAACGAUAUCAUUUUAGCGACCGGUGUCUUCUCUUCGAAGGAACUAUGGAAGUUAUCUAAAGCGUCUAUCCUCCAAGAAACAGGAUCCGAAUCACCGGGGGGCUCCGGGGGCAUCAAACUGGAGUCCACGUACUAUGGGUACAACAGCCCCGCGCCGCCCGCCUUCGAGCCGCCGCCCGAGCGCGCCACGCCCUCCGCCAUGCUCGUCGGCCAGUGCUUCAGUAUUCCCCAUAGUUCAGCGGGUCUGAGCGCAGCACAAUCGCCCCUAGUGCCUUCUAACACCAUCUUCUACCAGCACGCCCCACCUCCCACGGAUACACAUCCAACGGCGUCAGAAGCGCUAACGAACCAGCACGGCGGGAAGUACGACGGCGCGCCGCAGGACUCGCUCGGGGACUUCGUCACUUUCGUGUGCCAGGAGCCGCCCUCGGAUGUGCAGCAGUUACAGGUUCACAGUUUAUCGAGAAGCCCCAAGCCUUACUUCAGCAGUUCGAUGUUACCCCCACCGCCUCUGCCCCCCAUGGCGAGGCCGGUCACAAUUAUCAGAUCUACGGCGAGCGAGGUGGGCGUGGGCGUGGGCGGCGUGGGCGUGGGCGUGGGCGGCGGCUCGCCGGCGUCCCCCGAGGUGCGCUCGCCGCCCGCGUCGCCGCGCCGGCGCUCGCCGCACUACCGCGACUGCCACCCGCCCAUCUCCCACUUCAACCACUACCACGCGCAGCCGCAACAGGUGUUCGGCUACGGCGCGGCGGGCGGCGGCUCCCCGCCGGGCGGGCUCGGCCUGUACGCGCCGCGCGCGCCGCCCCGCGCGCCGCACAGGUACCACAGCGGACAGUUUACGUGGAACGCUCCAUUCCCAACAUUAGAGGAAGAGUUUAAUAUAAUGACAGCACCAACGGGGCCUGACCACGUCGUGCUCUUAGACGAUGAACGCUUCUUCCAAUCCAACGUGAUCACCUCGGACGCGACGGCCAUGGACACGGGCGCCAGCGUGGGGCAGGCCGUGGGCGUGGACGCCGACGAGCUGGCGCCCGACAAGCCGGCGCCCGACCUGCGCUCGCCGUGAUCCGCGCCGCCGCCGGCCGGCCCGGCCGACCCGGCGGGCCCGGCCGACCCGGCCGGCGCGGCCGCGCUGCGCUGGACGCCCGCGCCGCUGCCCCACUGGCGCCCCGUGACGCAUAAGACUGUUUGAAUUGCAUUCGAAAUUCAGAUGUAAAUUCUUUUCGUUAGACAAUAAUUUUCUACGUCCGGCGCCGGCCGGUCGUCGGUUCGACGGUGGAAUGGGGCUAGUGUAAAUAUCGCAUUGGACUCGGCGAGGGUUGUAGUCGAAUUUAAGUUUGGAUUCGCUCCUGUCGGCCGGCGGCGCCCGUCGACGGCGACGUCUCAGGCCCCGCGACCGACGCCGUCGGCCGACAUGUCAUUAUUUCGUUUAUAGAUGAUACGAAAAGCAAUACUCCAAUGAUAAUUAUGUAAAAAUAUGAUGUUACGGAAAAUUAAAACAACAUAUUAUAUUCUAAUAUUUUUAUAGAAUAUAAAUCGAGUAUGAUAUGAUCAAGCCUUCCAGUAAUUUAGUGAAAUAAAAAAAAAAAAUAUUAAUUAUAAUGCAGCUUAUGAAUUAUUUUGCUGACCUUUAAGGCAGUUAGGAGUGUAUAUGAGAACAUAUGCUUCCAGUACUGGCGUCAAAACACGUUGCGAUUGACGAAAGUGUGAUAUUAUAAGUUGUUUUAGUUUCGUUGUUGUGUGUUUUGUAUUGAAAAAUUUUUUUAGAAUAAGCGUAUGUAGAUUACAGAGAUUUUUUUAACUUAUUGAACGAAUAUAUAAGAAAGACGAGCCUUGCUUAUGAGAUUAGUUUAGUUGUGUAAUUAGAAGCCGAGUGAUGAUCAAUUAUAUUGUUGCAUUUUCGAUCCGAAAUUUCAAUAAAACAUUUAAAUAAAUGCGUUAAUGUAAUGAUGAAUGAAAGUUAUGAAAUAUAAAUAUUUUAUUAGAUCUCGUCUUGUUUUACGGUUGAUGUUUUCAAUGAAGAUUAAUAAGUUACAGCGGAACGAUCAGCAACAUUAAAAAAAAUUGUAUAAAAAAAAAACAACAACAAAAAGUUAUAACGUCGCCUAAUCUUGUCAAUUAUGAAAAUUCGAAUCGAAAGCGACAAUGAUUGAUGUGUGUAGUUCGACAUUUGUCGGGGGACAUUUUAUAGGUGCCUUUUAUAAAGAAAUCGUAUAUGACUUACGACCUAGGGACUUGUAAAUUGUAGUUUUUUUUUUUUUAUAAUCCAUCCACUUAUACCAAAACCGUGGACUCAUUACGUAAACCGAAAUGACGUAUUUUGUGGCCAAAGAGUCCAGCGUAACGAACUCUUUGGUUGCAAAAUAUAAUUAAAUUACAUACCUUCAUUACAUUAUUUAGCAAUACGUGGCCAUACGUGAAAAGCUAGUCAUUAGAAUAACAAUGUAAAUUUAUUGUACUUAAAAUAAAGAAUAUUUACAUUAAUAUAACCCCUUACGUUUAUUAGUAAGGGAUGAAAACUAAAUUUGUGGCCAAAUUACACUUAAUGAGAUCCAAAUAUAUAUACACGAUUUUUUAAUAGAUUUAGAUUUAUAAGUGUGGUAUGCUUAAGUUGGGUUUGUACUUUAAGUUCGAAGUUCACGAUCGCGGUCUGUCCCAAUCGAAGACGGAGUAGAGUUAAACAAACAUCAGAUUACUGAGCUCUGCUGUAUUUUGUAAACAGUCAAAGUAUUAGAAUACUUAUUACUACGUUAGACAAAAUUCGAAACUCACCGCGUAACUCGAGAGUGAUAUGUCAGAAUAUGUCAGAAUAAAAUUUAUCGGCUUCACUUGUCAACUUGAUUGAUGUCAACAUUUCACGAGUGAGAUACGAAAUGAAAUCUUACAGAAUCGCAACUCAGUAUUUAUUACACCUAUAUUUUAAAUACACUUUUUCAUUUAAUUACUUUAAUUUGAAAUCCAAAGUUCCGAUAACUUCGCUGAUAUUAAAAACGCCAUUUUGAAAAUAUAUAAUUUUCACCACAGAUUAUUUAACUUCUCGACCAAUUAUGUCACGUCGAAUGUGAAAUUUGUUUGUUUGUAUUGUUUCCUUCUUCGAUUGGAUUAGACUAUAAUAUGUACUUUAAUCUCAUUAAAAGCUUGUUCUGCAAAAUGAAACUAAACCGUUCAUCAUUUAAACGUUCAUUAACAACGAAUUAUGAGUUAUACCAUCAAAUAAUAAAGUAAGUCACUUACAUUCAAAAUUAUUUUUAUAAUUUUUUUGCAGAACAAUAUUUUUAAAUAUAAUUUAAAAUCGACGUCAUUUCAAUAUUAUAUCGUAUGGUCUUUCAGUGUUCUCGUUUCUUGAAUUAACUUUUAGUUGUCAUACUUAUAAAGGCAAGUACAAGCCGUAUUGUUUUAAAUAAUAAUUUCCGUUGCACUAUUGAUAAAAAAAAUGUAUGUAGGGAUUAGAAUAGGUAACGUAGCAAUAAAUGACAAGCAAUAAAUUAAAAAUAUUAUAAUAAAUACAGCUUUAGUGAAGCUAGAGAUUGGUACUGAUGUAGAAUCCAACAAAUAUAAACAGUCGACUCGCGAUAUUUUUUGUAUAGAUAAAAUGCCGGAGAACUGAGUUCUAAGUAAAUUAAGUAUAACAUUGAAGCGGUUUGGUACAAUUAAUACAUAGCUAUUUCACAGAAAAAAAACUAUAGAUAUAUAAAUAUAACUGCAAAUAUAGUACGACUAGACAGAAGGCGGAAAUUAGUCAAUUGCUAGCUAUAGACAUAAUUAGAGGAUAUAGUACAGAAAAAUUAAAUAGUAACGACACUUAAGGCUUUUGAAUACAUUCGGAUAACCAACACGAAUUCGUCGUAUUAUAACGCGACCGAAGUGACUUUGUAACGACGGCAAUAAAUAUGGUGACGAAUUUAAAAGCUAAUUGGUGCAGAAAAUUCUAGACUGUGAUUAAAUUGUUCAUUCUGGACGUGUCUUAUAUUGAAAUAGUCGUUUUGUAUGAUUGGCAGUGCACGGGCAGUGCUAUAAAGGAAAGAUAUUAUUGGUACAUAUUGUUAACGGAAUGAGACAUGUUGUAUGAAAUGCAUUUGUUAUGAUUAUGACAAACAUAAGAAUUGUAAUCAAGUUUAAUAAUGAGAGGUGAAAAGGUUUUUUAUUGACAGCGUCAGUAGAUUCAGUAGUGUUUUUUAUUAAUAGCUUUGCAAUAGUUGAUGUGAUUGCGACAAAUGCGGAAUGUGAAAAAAAAAAUACUAUAAAAAAAAACGACGAAUCUUUAAAUAAUAAGCGAAAUAAUUCACGCGUUUGUCGCAACAUAAUUUUGUUUUGACGUUUGAUUAGCACCAUUGUUACGAUAUGGAAUAAUAAUUGAAAGCCUAAACAUUAUGUGCCUUAGAUACAACAAUAUUGUAUAUUUAUGAUGCGUUCUAUACAACGUGCUAACUAGAAAUAAAUGAUUAUUGUUAUUUUAAAGAAAAGCCUCGUCCUCGUAACUUCGUUAUUAGAAUUGUUUUACGCGAAGGCUUGUCUCUGGAUCUCCUAUCGAUUUAUUUGUCCCAAACACGGCUAAUUUAAAAAAAAAAAGAACAUAAGAUAUCAGGCUGCCUUUUUAUAGGUACUCUCGUUUCGAUCCUUCCGUAUAAUCCAGUCGGUGAUAUCUAUACUUCUAAAUUAACCCAAACUGGAAAACUCAAGUCUGGACAUUGAUUUCGAAUCCAGAUUAUAACUUUAAUCCUCAUCUAAUAAUUAUUGUACGGUUAAGUAAAGCUUUUACGCGUAGUUUCGCUGAUAUAUAAAUACUUCUAAUAUAUUAUAUAAUUUUAGUACUUACAUACAUUAUACCCACUUACGUACCCAUUAUGUAAUUUACUGGCAUGUAUAUCUUAAUCUACGCGGCGUUUCGGAUAGGCUCGCUAUUUCUUUGUGAGAAGUCUGUAGUUGACCCUUGAAUUCUGGCAUCGCUUCUUAACAUUAUCUGUCAAUAAUUGAAACAGCAUCUAUUAUAAUUAUAAUGUUCACACUUUAUAAUUUCAUCCUAAUAUAUUUAUAUAUAAAUUAUAAAGAAAUAAAUAAUGUAACUAAAAUCCGUCUUAUUAAGUUUCUUUGGAUUUCUGAAUUGGAAUAACAUACGUAACUAAAUUAUAAUUGUAAAGAUAAAUUAUUAAACAAUAGAAAAAUUACAUCUAGUUACGAUUUUAUUAGUUCAUCGAAUUUGAUGUGCAAUUAUAAAUUAUUUAGCGAAUUUAUUAAUUAAUUUUUAGUAUUGAUUGUGUCCAUGACCAUAAUUGUCUGUAAAUAUCUUCCGAAGUGUAUUUAUAUAAUUUUCUAUUUGUACAAUUAAACUGUAGUAAACAAUUAAGAGUUACAAUGUUUGUCCUUACAUUAAUUUACAUGUUUUCUAUAGGUUUUUUUCUUUUUUUUUUUUUAAUUGUGUUUAAUCUGUCGUGUAAAUCAAAUGACGUGACGCCUUGACACAGACUGUGAAAUGUAAAAAUAAUACCUGGAAUAUAAAAAAAAACAACGCGUCAUUCGAUUUACAAACGAAUAUAAACUAAAGAUAGACUUGUAAAAAUGUUAUAACAUGUAUUUUUAACCUAUACAUAGUAAGAUAUUUAUAGAAUUUUAGUCGUUUAAUUAUUUCGAACGACUUGUUAUAAAGAAAAUUGGUGCUUAAAGCUUAAACAAAAUAAGUACGGUACUCGUGUGCCGUGUGUGUAUUGUCAUGAGGGGUCGGAGCAUUUGACAUAGCAUGCGUUGUUAUGCUCGAAUUUGACGCGGAAUCACUUAUGCAUAUAUAUAUAUAUUGAAAUUAAAUUGCGUAAUCGCUGAAGUAUUAUUAAAAUAUAAAUGUUCUUUUUUUAAAUUAUAAUCCUCGCACAAAAACAGACAUCGAAUUAUUUAUAAUGUACCUACUACAUUACAAAGUUACCGCGUAUAUAUAUAACGUAUCAAAAGGUUUUUUAUCAUCGAUAGUUAGUUUUUAUUAGGUUCUUUAUAUGUAAUGAUUGUUGUUACAAUGAUAAAUGAUUUUGCGUUGAAUUAUGAGCAAUUAUAAUAAUGUAGGUAAACUUUGCUCAAUAACGAUGAAAACUGAAAGUGUUACAGUUGAUGCAAUACAAUGAAACAAACAGA